CUUCUGCGCUCGAACAACUCCCGGAUACGCAGAUCAGUCACUUGAAUCGUACUCGAGAAAAAAGCAUCAGAAAGAACCGCUGUGUGCCUGUGAUUCACUGUAUCACAAUUCACAAACUAUUCAAUUCACCUAAUCUUCUUGAUUUCACUCCCUUUGAUCUAAUCUUCUUCUUCUUCAAUUCCUCUUUCUUUUUCAAUUUCGUUGAAUAAAAUUCCAAAAACCAGAGGGGAGAGAGAAUGAAAGCAGCUCAAGCAUGGUUUACAGGCACCGAGGAAUUGCCGCAAACAACUUCCACGAAGCCGUCGACGUCGUCUUCGUUGUUAGCUGAUUGGAAUUCUUACGCUGCUACUCAAGAUCAAGAUACUUCCACCGAUUUCUCCUCCACUUUAGGCUUCGAUAUUGAAUCCGCCGUCAGAUCCGCUAACGACACCGUUUCCGGCACUUUCAGCGUGGUUUCUAAAGGAGUGAGAGAAUUGCCAGGGAAUCUGCAGUCUGCCACGAGUAAUGUACCCUCAGGAAAAUCUCUUAUGUAUUUCGGUUUAUUACUAGCCACUGGGGUAUUCUUUGUCUUCAUGGCUUUCACUAUGUUCCUUCCCGUGAUGGUACUGAUGCCUCAAAAGUUUGCUAUCUGUUUCACCCUUGGGUGUGGGUUCAUCGUUGGGUCAUUUUUUGCGCUGAGGGGCCCAUCUAAUCAGCUAGCUCAUAUGUCUACAAAAGAGAGACUUCCCUUCUCAUUGGGAAUUCUUGGCUGUAUGUUUGGUACAAUCUAUGUGUCUAUGGUUCUUCAUAGCUACAUCCUAUCCGUUCUUUUCUCCGUAUUACAGGUAUUUGCACUGACAUACUACGCUAUUUCUUACUUUCCUGGUGGGUCUUCCGGGUUGAAAUUCCUUACUUCUGCUCUCACUUCAUCAGUAACAAGGUUAUUUGGGAGGUGACAUUCUUCACAUUAAGCUUGCCUGCUUAGUGCUAAUGCCAUUGUAGAAUUCUUUUAUCUCCUUCACAUAGAACUCCUUAAUUCUGGUUGGUAAUUGGAAUAACGGUGUGUUUUGAUAUGUUAUUGUGUAGCGCAUAUUCCCUCUGUUAUGAAUGGUUAAAAAUCUUACAUUAGCAAAUCGUACAGGAAAUUUUGUUUCAGACUGCAAA